GGGGGCAGGGCUGCGCGCAGGAGCGCCGGCCGCUGGUACCGUAGAAGGCUGGGGAGGGCGGGGUAGGUGUGGCUCUGCCUGCGUGACCCGAGCCCCGAUCCCGGUCGCCGUCGUCUCCCGCAGCUGCGGCCUCUCAGCCAUGGGCGCCGUCUGGUCGGCCCUGCUGGUCGGAGGGGGCCUGGCCGGAGCGAUUUUCGUUUGGCUCCUGCGGGACGCGGGGAAGGAGAGCGACGCGGAGCAGACGGACGCCCCUCUUGGGGAGACUGCGGCUCCAGGAGGCGAUCAGGGUGGCGGCGGGGGACCCAGCCCUGUACCUUCCAGACGGGAGCUGAUCACCAAAGCAGCGCAUCUUCAAGAAAGCAAUGGAUGUUUGGUUUCAGAGACCAAAGGCCAUGGUAACCUGCAGGAAGCAACAUGGAGAUUGCAGAGUCCUUCUGGAAAAGAUGGUGGUUGUGACCGUUCAAGAGAGCAUGUUCCUUCUGGACAGUUUCCAGAAUCUCUAGCUACAUCUGAGACUGGUGACUCUAGGGGUUACUGUGAAGUUUCAAGAAAUGAAAGCCUUCAGUCUCCUAAAGGAGAAUGGGGAUUCCAGAAAGGACAAGAGACACUCGCUAAAGGAGCUCCGUGUUUUGCCGAAAAGUUGUAUUCUAGCAACCUGGUCAUUGACAGAGGGAAAGAAGUGAGGCUUGCCGAGUUGAGCAAUCAGGACCGGGCUGACAAUGAGGACUGGGAAAUGGUGUCCAGGCACUCCUCUUGGGGAGAUGUUGGUUUGGGUGGCAAUCUUGAGGCUUCAGUGUUAAGCCCAAACCAGGGAAUGGACUGUGGCAGAAGCACUCGUAGGGAACCCAGAGGUCAGGAAGUGGAUGUGAAACGAAAAAAGGUAGUAGCAAGGUCUUCAGAGUCUCAGCAAGUUAGUAUCAGGUUCCAGAUCCAUUAUAUCACAAGCACUGGUGGGGAAUUCAUUGCAGUAACUGGAGACCACGAGAGUCUUGGGAGGUGGAAUACUUACAUCCCGCUGCAGUAUAGCAAGGAUGGGUUCUGGUGCCAGUCUGUGUCCCUGCCAGUAGAUACAGUGGUGGAAUGGAAGUUUGUAGUGGUAGACAAUGGCAAAAUUACCCGCUGGGAAGAAUGCAGCAAUAGGUUCCUGGAGACUGGCCAUGAGGAUAAAGUGGUUCAAGAGCGGUGGGGGAUUCACUGAUUCGGUUCUCAAAGUACUGGAGAGGCUAUUUGUGGAGCACACUGAAUCAUUUUAAAUAAAGGAAGUAUAACUCCAAAUAAUAGCCAUCAAAGUUGUUUCAAACUUGCUAGUGGCUUUUGUCUAAUGUGCAGAAAUAUAUAUAUAUGUAGUUAUAUGCUUUCAGUGAGCAUGGACUUUUUUUCCCCUGUGGCAUUGAUGGGUGGAUUUUUGCUGAUCCAUGGUUACUUCAGAGCUUAGUCCUCUCUGGGAGUGAUUUGGCUAAGCUUCAGGUGUGGACUGGCCAGGGCACGCAGAAACCAACCAGCUGCCCAGGGUUCAAGCAUGAGCGUUUGGGUGACCCUUAAACCAAGAGUGAAACAAGCCUCAUUCAUUAAAGAGCUGCCUUCCUACUGGUA